UACUGUGGAGGUACACUUUCCUGGCUAACAUUUCCACCCCUUUUCUUUUGUUGGGAUUAGUGCCAGAACAGAUAAAGCCCAGUGUAAGCCAGCCUCAGCCUGCCACCUCUAAUAACGGCACUUCCACAACUACCAGCACUAACAAUAAUGCCAAGCGAGCCACAGCCAGCAGCCAGCAGCAGCAGCAGCAGCAGCAGCAGCAGCCGGCGGCGGCCUUGCCUCGAUAUCCUCGUGAAGUACCACCACGAUUUCGCCACCAGGAACAUAAACAGCUUCUAAAGAGGGGUCAGCAUUUUCCUGUCAUAGCAGCAAACCUGGGAUCUACUGUUAAAGUGCUAAACAGCCAGUCAGAGAGCAGUGCAUUAAACCAACAGCCACACAGUGACGGAGAGGCACAGAGCAGCACAAGCCAGUCAGAUACAAACCACAGUACUUCUGGAUCCCAUUAUGAAAGUUCCCAGCGUGGACCUGUGUCUUCUGCAAGUGACUCUAGCACAAGUUGUAAGGAUGCUCUUGUGAACGACUCUGACCAAGAAGCAUGGCCUGUAAUCCCUGGCAGUGAUCCAGAGCUGGCUUCAGAAUGUAUGGAUGCUGAUUCUGCCUCCAGUGCUGAGUCAGAGAGAAACAUCACUAUCAUGGCUUCAGGGAGCACAGGUGGCGAAAAAGACGGGCUUCGGAAUAGUACUGGACUCAGUUCCCAAAACAAGUUCGUGGUUGGUAGCAACAGCAAUAAUGUGGGCCAUGGAAGUAGUACUGGGCCUUGGGGUUUCUCCCACGGAGCCAUAAUAAGCACAUGUCAGGUCUCUGUGGAUGCUCCUGAAAGCCAAUCAGAAAGCAGCAACAAUAGAGUGAGUGCUUGGGGCACUGUAAGUUCUUCAUCCAAUGGAGGGUUAAAUCCAAGCACUUUGAAUUCAGCUAGCAACCAUGGUGCCUGGCCGGUAUUAGAGAAUAGUGGGCUUGCCCUCAAAGGGCCGGUAGGGAGUGGCAGUUCUGGCAUCACUAUUCACUGCAGUACCGUGGGCCAGAUGCCUAACAAUCAGAGUAUUAACUCUAACGUGGGCGGUUCUUCUACCCAAGGUACCUGGGGAAGCCUUCAGGAAACCUGUGAAUCUGAAGUAAGUGGUACACCGAAGGUUUCAUUCAGUGGUCAACCUCAGAAUAUUACCACUGAAAUGACUGGACCAAAUAACACUACUAACUUUAUGACCUCUAGUUUACCAAACUCCGGUUCAGUACAGAAUAAUGAACUGCCUAGUAAUCCAGGGGCCUGGCGUGUGAGCACAAUGAAUCAUCCUCAGAUACAGGCUCCAUCAGUUAUGAACGGCACUUCCAUUUCUCACCUUAGCAAUGGAGAGUCAAAAAACGGAGGCUCUUACGGUACUACAUGGAGUGCCUAUGGUUCUAAUUACUCUGGAGACAAAUGUUCAGGCUCUAAUGGCCAAGCUAAUGGUGACACUGUGAAUGCAACUCUAAUGCAGCCUGGCAUAAAUGGGCCUAUGGGCACUAACUUUCAAGUUAACACAAACAAAGGAGGAGGUGUGUGGGAGUCUGGGGCAGCGAGUUCCCAGAGUGCAGCAUGGGGAAGUGGAAAUGGUGCAAAUUCUGGAGGAAGUCGAAGAGGAUGGGGAGCCCCUGCACAAAACACUGGCACUAAUGUACCCAGCGUGGAGUGGAACAAACUGCCUAGCAAUCAGCAUUCCAAUGAUAGUGCAAACAGCAAUGGUAAGAAGUUUACAAAUGGAUGGAAAUCUACUGAGGACGAGGAUCAGGGUUCUGCCACAUCUCAGACAAAUGAGCAAAGCAGUGUGUGGGCCAAAACAGGAGGGACAGCAGAGAGUGAGGGGAGUACAGAAAGCACUGGACGCCUCGAGGAAAAGGUAACAGGGGAGAGUCAGAGCAGAGACAGAAGGAAAAUGGAUCAGCACACGUUACUCCAAAGCAUUGUGAACAGAACUGACUUAGAUCCACGUGUCCUGUCCAACUCUGGUUGGGGACAGACUCCUAUUAAGCAGAAUACUGCCUGGGAUACUGAGACAUCACCUAGGGGGGAAAGAAAGACUGACAAUGGGACAGAGGCCUGGGGAAGCUCUGCAACACAGACUUUUAACUCAGGGGCAUGUGUAGAUAAGACUAGCCCUAAUAGUAACGAUACCUCAUCUGUAUCGGGGUGGGGAGAUCCCAAACCUGCUCUAAGGUGGGGAGAUUCCAAAGGCUCAAACUGCCAGGGGGGAUGGGAAGAUGACUCUGCUGCUACAGGAAUAGUCAAGAGCAAUCAGUGGGGUAACUGCAAAGAAGAGAGGUCUGCGUGGAGUGAUUCGCAAAAGAACAAACAGGGAUGGGGUGAUGGGCAAAAAUCAAACCAAGCGUGGUCCACUUCUGCCAGCGAUAGCUGGGGAGAAACUUCUAGGAACAACCAUUGGGGUGAAGCCAAUAAGAAAUCCAGCUCAGGAGGUAGUGACAGUGACAGGUCCGUGUCUGGUUGGAAUGAACUUGGUAAAACUAGCUCUUUUACUUGGGGAAAUAACAUAAAUCCAAAUAAUUCAUCAGGAUGGGAUGAGUCUUGUAAAGCUAAUCCUGCCCAGGGAUGGGGAGAGCCUCCAAAGCCUAAUCAGUCUCUGGGCUGGGGAGAUUCGUCCAAGCCAGUCAGUUCCCCGGACUGGAACAAGCAACAAGACAUUGUUGGAUCUUGGGGAAUCCCACCAGCUACAGGCAAACCUCCUGGCACGGGCUGGCUGGGGGGGCCUAUACCAGCUCCCGCAAAAGAGGAAGAGCCAACAGGCUGGGAGGAGCCGUCCCCGGAAUCCAUACGUCGCAAAAUGGAGAUCGACGAUGGAACUUCAGCUUGGGGAGACCCAAGCAAAUACAACUACAAAAAUGUGAACAUGUGGAACAAAAACAUCCCGAACGGCAGCAACCGUUCUGACCAGCAAGCGCAGGUCCAUCAGCUGCUGCCGCCGGCAAGUGCCGUCGCAAACAAAGAGGCAGGCGGUGGCUCCGGCUGGGGUGAGCCCUGGGGGGAGCCAUCUACUCCAGCCACAACUGUGGAUAAUGGUACUUCAGCAUGGGGUAAACCCAUAGACAGUGGUCCCAGCUGGGGGGAACCCAUUACUGCGGCAUCCAACACAUCCACAUGGGGCUCCAGCUCUGUUGGCCCACAAGCAUUAAGCAAGUCUGGGCCAAAAUCUAUGCAAGAUGGCUGGUGUGGUGAUGAUGCGCCAUUGCCUGGAAAUCGCCCCACUGGCUGGGAAGAGGAAGAGGAUGUAGAGAUUGGAAUGUGGAAUAGUAAUUCAUCUCAAGAGCUAAACUCAUCUUUAAAUUGGCCGCCAUAUACAAAGAAAAUGUCAUCGAAGGGUCUGAGUGGCAAAAAAAGGAGAAGGGAAAGGGGAAUGAUGAAAGGUGGAAACAAACAAGAAGAAACGUGGAUCAAUCCGUUUGUUAAACAGUUUUCAAAUAUCAAUUUUUCGAGAGACUCACCAGAAGAAAAUGUACAGAGCAAUAAGAUGGACCUUUCUGGAGGAAUGUUACAAGACAAACGAAUGGAGAUAGAUAAACAUAGCCUAAAUAUUGGUGAUUACAAUCGAGCGGUCGGGAAAGGCCCUGGUUCUCGGCCUCAGAUUUCCAAAGAGUCUUCCAUGGAGCGCAGUCCUUACUUUGAUAAGGAUGGCAUUGUAGCAGAUGAAUCCCAAAACAUGCAGUUUAUGUCCAGUCAAAGCAUGAAGCUUCCCCCUUCAAAUAGUGCACUACCUAACCAGGCCCUUGGCUCCAUAGCAGGGCUGGGUAUGCAAAACUUGAAUUCUGUUAGACAGAAUGGCAAUCCCAGUAUGUUUGGUGUUGGAAACACAGCAGCACAACCCCGGGGCAUGCAGCAGCCUCCAGCACAACCUCUUAGUUCAUCUCAGCCUACUCUCCGUGCUCAAGUGCCUCCUCCAUUACUCUCCCCUCAGGUUCCAGUUUCAUUGCUGAAGUAUGCACCGAGCAAUGGUGGCCUGAACCCGCUCUUUGGCCCUCAACAGGUAGCCGUGCUGAACCAGCUAUCCCAACUAAACCAGCUUUCUCAGAUCUCCCAGCUACAGCGAUUGUUAGCGCAGCAGCAGAGAGUGCAGAGUCAGAGAAGCGUGCCUUCUGGUAACCGGCAGCAGCAAGACCAGCAGGGUCGACCUCUUAGUAUGCAGCAGCAAAUGAUGCAGCAGUCCCGUCAACUUGAUCCAAACCUGCUGGUGAAGCAGCCAACUCCGCCAUCUCAGCAGCAGUCGCUCCAUCAGCCAGCCAUGAAGUCGUUCCUUGAAAACGUCAUGCCCCACACUACACCUGAGUUGCACAAAGGGCCAUCACCGAUAAAUGCUUUCAGCAACUUCCCUAUAGGCUUGAACUCAAACUUGAAUGUAAAUAUGGACAUGAACAGUAUUAAAGAGCCCCAGUCAAGACUAAGGAAGUGGACCACAGUGGACAGCAUUCCCGUGAACACAGCUGUGGAGCAGAACUCCAGCAAACAUGGUGCUAUUUCAGGUGGUUUCAGGCUGGAAGAAUCUCCAUUUGUUCCCUAUGACUUUGUGAACAGCAGUACUUCACCAGCCAGUCCUCCAGGUUCAAUAGGAGAUGGCUGGCCACGUGCCAAAUCGCCUAAUGGCUCUAGCAGUGUUAAUUGGCCACCAGAAUUUCGCCCUGGUGAACCAUGGAAAGGUUAUCCAAACAUUGACCCCGAAACUGACCCUUACGUCACUCCUGGCAGUGUCAUAAACAAUCUCUCAAUUAAUACUGUGCGGGAAGUUGACCACCUCAGGGACAGGAACAGUGGGUCAUCCUCAUCCUUGAACACCACGCUGCCUUCAACUAGUGCCUGGUCAUCCAUUCGUGCCUCCAACUACAACGUUCCCCUCAGCAGUACAGCACAAAGCACUUCAGCCAGAAAUAGUGAUUCCAAAUUGACAUGGUCUCCUGGUUCAGUUGCAAACACCUCUCUGGCUCAUGAGCUGUGGAAGGUCCCUUUGCCACCUAAAAACAUCACUGCUCCGUCCCGCCCACCUCCGGGACUGACUGGUCAGAAGCCACCCUUGUCUACAUGGGAUAAUUCUCCCGUUCGUGUAGGUGGAGGAUGGGGAAAUUCUGAUGCCAGAUAUACCCCAGGUCCUGGCUGGGGUGAGAGCAGCUCAGGGAGAAUAACUAAUUGGCUUGUCCUGAAAAACCUCACUCCUCAGAUCGAUGGCUCGACUCUGCGUACUCUGUGCAUGCAGCAUGGCCCACUGAUAACAUUCCACCUGAACCUCCCGCACGGCAAUGCCCUGGUCCGUUACAGCUCAAAGGAAGAGGUCGUGAAGGCACAGAAAUCUCUGCAUAUGUGUGUUUUGGGGAACACUACUAUUCUUGCUGAGUUUGCCAGUGAAGAGGAGAUCAGUCGUUUCUUUGCACAAAGCCAGUCUCUGACCCCUUCUCCCGGCUGGCAGUCUCUCGGGUCCAGCCAGGGCCGGCUGGGCUCCCUCGACUGUUCCCACUCGUUCUCCAGCCGGACCGAUCUCAAUCACUGGAAUGGUGCUGGGCUGUCGGGAACUAACUGUGGAGACCUUCAUGGCACUUCACUCUGGGGGACCCCACAUUAUUCCACAAGCCUGUGGGGUCCUCCGAGCAGCAGCGACCCCCGGGGAAUUAGCAGCCCAUCCCCCAUUAAUGCUUUUCUUUCUGUUGACCACCUGGGUGGGGGCGGAGAGUCCAUGUAA